AUGAACAGCCCCGACGGAAACGCUCACAAGCGCAAGCGCGAGGGGUCCGAUGACCUUGGCCACGACCCUCAGCGGAUGAACCGUUCUUCUCACGGCAGCAACGGCAGCAUGCCUGGCGACAGCCACUCCAACUUUGGUCAUUCACUCAACUACGAGCACGGCAUUCCCAAUGCGGGGUCCGAGUUGAACAUUGAUCAACAGAUUCUCCAACACGUCGGACCUCAGAAUGGAAUGUCCGAUGACAAUGCCCUCACUGCCAACGCGAAGGCUGCGCUGGCCGCUCACACCCCUCAACACAAGUAUCCCCCGCCCCCCGACUCCGCGUUCGAUGCCAGCAACUUGACGCAGGGGUUGAACUUUGGUGACGACAUGGGCCAGGGGCCCAUGCCCGGCGCUCACAACCACAACUCUACGGCUGCAGCUGUGUAUGCUGCCCGUGAGGCUCAGAGCAUGAACCAGAAGCCUACCGUCGGCUCGCCCGAGUGGCACCAGAUCCGCAAGAACAACCACAAAGAAGUGGAACGUCGACGUCGCGAGGCCAUAAAUGAAGGCAUCAACCAGAUCGCUCGACUCGUGCCAAACUGCGACAAGAACAAGGGCGCCAUCCUCCAGCGGGCCAUCGAGUAUAUCUGCCAGCUCCAAGAAGAAAAGAAACACAUCGACGAGCGAUUCGAGCAGCACAGCCUGACCACCAACCACGCCAUCGGCGAGAUCAGCACAUCCAAUCAGAAAUUGAAGUCUGAAGUUAGCCGACGCAACCACAUCGCCCUGAAAUGGCUUCAGCGCUGCCGUGAUGCUGGCCUCGAGUUCGACGACUACGAAGAGGCAAAAGAACUGGAGACCUAUGACCUGGAGUAA